CCAGGCCGCCGGAAGUAGAGCUUCCGGAAUUGGCGUCCGUGCGGGAAGUGGAGUCUCCGGAUUCGGAGUCCGGGUAUGAUGACGCGCGUACGCGGGAAUACGUGAGGACGCAGGCAGGUCUUAGAGUGCUGUUUUCUGUGUCCCUUCAGGGUUCCUAAUCCUUAAUCACAGUUCCCCAUCUGUGCUCCUGAUACCCAGUCAUGCAUCGGAGAUCAAGAGGGAUCAACGUUGGGCUCCUUAUGCUCCUUUCUCAAGUGUUCCAUAUUGGGAUCAACAAUAUUCCACCUGUUACCCUGGCGACAUUGGCUCUCAAUGUCUGGCUCUUCCUGAAUCCUUUGAAGCCCCUGUACUAUUCCUGCCUCAGCGUGGAAAAGUGUUACCAGCAAAAAGACUGGCAGCGUUUGCUGCUUUCUCCCUUGCACCAUGUAGAUGACUGGCAUUUGUAUUUCAACAUGGUAUCCAUGCUCUGGAAAGGAAUAAAGCUGGAAAGAAGACUGGGAAGCAGGUGGUUUGCCUACGUCAUCACCACCUUCUCCUUACUCACCGGGUUAGUGUAUUUGCUCCUGCAGUUUGCUCUUGCUGAAUUCAUGAAUCAGCCUGACUUCAGGAAGAGCUGUGCUGUUGGUUUCUCAGGAGUUUUGUUUGCCUUGAAAGUUCUUAGCAACCAUUACUGCCCUGGCGGCUUUGUCAACGUCUUGGGCUUUCCUGUCCCCAACAGGUUCGCUUGUUGGGCAGAGCUGCUGGCCAUUCACUUCUGCUCCCCAGGUACUUCCUUUGCUGGGCAUCUGGCCGGCAUCCUUGUUGGACUGAUGUACACUCAGGGGCCUCUGAAGAAAGUCAUGGAGACAUGUGCAGGCCUUUUUUCCUCUAAUGCUGGGUAUCCAGGACAGCAGUACUACUUUAAUAGUGCAGGCCCCUCUGGAUAUCAGAAUCACUACCCAGAUGGCAGACUGGGGGCCUAUGAAGAAACUCAUAGGAACUAUGAUGUCUACACAGCAGGACUGAGCGAGGAGGAGCAGCUGGAAAGAGCAUUAAGAGCCAGCCUCUGGGACCGAGCAGCCAUGAGGAGUGAGAUGCACACUACCGGGCCAUCUCUCCACUUGUCACUAAGGCGAUGGACACUCCCCCAUUUCUCCUCUGGGUCAGUGUGUGGUUCUCCUGUCUCAGCACCAGUGGUUCUGGGAUCUCUUGCUGGCCCGCUCUUCAGCCUUUACCCUCUUCUCACGGUUUUCUCUAAGUCCUUUCUGGCAGCAGGAUUUGAGGAGGAAAUACCAGAAAUGGCCCAACACCCUAUGGGUUCCGACUCACGCCAGAAGAAGAAAUGAGGAGACAGCGCCUUCACAGAUUUGAUGGCCAGUGACGUGGCACCACACCUGGGAAGACAUGGUCCAGCUGUGGGACUGCAGCCCAUUCACUUGACUCCCCAGGCCCCUGAUUGGCUUUAAACAAAAGCAGAGCUUACCAUUAUUGUUGCAGAUCACUCAUGUCUGCCAUGAACUGUCACUCCAUGGCCCCUCUAUGUCCAGAUUCCCAAGCCCAGCUGACACAUCUGGAAACCAGGCUUGUCCCAGGAAGUGCACAGCUUUCCCUGAGUGGCCCGUCUGGUCCUAUGCUGUCUCCUAAACCAAAGGUCACCUCUUCAGUUGGAACCACUUUUCACACUCCCUUCCUUCCCACCUGACGCAGUGGCACAUCUGCAUUGGGGUUGAAGACUGUGACCUUCAUAGGAAAUAUUUUUUUCACCAGGUGAGAGGAUCAGCUCUCACUCUGCCUGGUAUGCUGGGUGCUCAGCUUGGCAGGUGUACCGCCACUCUUGGUCCUCCUGACAUGUUUCCAUGGUGACGUGGGAAGACAGUGUGGAUGCCUUCCCAGGAUAUUCCAUCCUCUUUCUUUCAUGCAGGCCCCUCGGGGUGCUUUGUCUGCAUGUAGAGUAUCUGACAGGAGGGGAACAGGAAAGAUAUCCUGUUGCACCAGCAGUUUGGGUUCACAGCCAGCCCUCCAGGAGCAGGAGACUUGUUAACUCCUUUGCAGAGCAGCAGCACGUGCCACAUACAGAGCAAAGUGGAGAUAUCCAGUGGACCUCUCACUGGGAUCCCAUUUGCAGGAAGUAUUUUUUUUUCUUCAUACAAGUGCCUUUUCAUUGGCCACCGUGGCUGCUAUCUGUCAUAAACAAGUGUCCAAAAAAUGCCCCCAGAGAACUGCAGUGUUUUAAUACACAGAUUGUCCAAGUCACUUAAGGGAUUUCUGUUGCUUGCGUUCUGAGAAUAAAAGGACAAAGCCAGAAUAUCGACUGCUGCUGCCUCACUGUCGUGGAGCAUUUAGUUAGGAGCGAGUUAGGAGCAGCAAAUGAUGCUCCCAUUUUAACUCACCAUUCAUGUAUAGUUUUCUAUUAUGAAAAUUGUAGACAGGCUUUCUUAAUGCAGACAUCUACAAAAGCAUACUAACUGUUAAUACAGAUUGGCUUUGGAGGGGGAGUGUGUGGGACCUGACUUUCUUUGUUUACAGUUUUAUAUUCUAUUUUUUAAGUGUGUGUGUAUGUGCCUUAAGAAGACUAAUUAUAUAAUAAAUCAAGAAACAUGUAACCAGUAAAACAGACUCUAAGCUAAGUACUAUAUGUCCAUUAAGAAAAUUCAUAGGCCAGGCAUAGUGACACACACCUUCAAUCUCAGCACUCAGGAGCCAGGGGCAGGAGGAUCUCUGAGUUCAAAGCCAGGUUGGUCUACAUAUGAAGU